GUCGAGACUGCACUAACCACACGCUUGCGAGAACUACACACGGGCGACAAAUCCGCUGCCACAGGCCUUCCGAGUAUUAAAGUAGGACGAUGCUGAGGGAUUGUCCUCUCUUGCACGCCGAAGCCCCUGUUUUUCCAACCGUCUCCAUCAACUGAAACAGACACGCGCGCGCGCGCGACAACAACAACCAUGAUCUGGACUCGAUUCCUUUCGAUUACUCUAUUCGCUCUGACCACGGCUCGCGCUCAAGACCAGCAAUGUCCACCUGGGAACGAACUUCGAGGGGAUGAAUGUCAACCCUGUUACCCAGGCGGAUUCUCUGCGGGCGGAUCCGAUCCUUGCCAAGUCUGUCCUGGUGGCAGCAUCUCGGCAGACUUUGGGGCGUCGUCUUGUACCCAAUGCCCGGCGAACACGUAUGCCAAUUACGAUGGGGCAUCGUGCAGCGAUUGUCCUGAGUAUACGACUUCUGAUCCGGGGACCGCGGGUCCUCAACAAUGCCGGGCCACCAAUUGUCCUCCCGGAGCGGUCGGGGUCGGAAGUCAAUGCUUUGGCUGUGAUGCGGGGACGUACGCUUCGGGAACGUACCCGGGGGUUUGUCUGUUCUGCGAGCCUGGUCAGCAGGCCAACGAGGCGAGAACCGGAUGCGAAACGUGUCAAGCGGGAACAUACUCUGAGAUUGGCGCCUUUUGCGUCGCUUGUGAAGCUGGUUACACCAGCGAAGACGGCGCGAGUGAAUGCAUGCUCGCCCCAUCUGGAUCGUUUAGUCGUCGGGAUCAGACGUUGAUGAGGGUCGGCGCCUGUACCCGUUCUCAAACGGCGUGCAUGGUCGGACAGGAGAAAUGGGAGUGCAUCGACACUCUGACCGACCUGCAGUCCUGUGGAGGAUGCUGGACAGACGGUUCGGGCGUCGACUGUACCCUGCUCGAUCACCCCGAUAUGAGCGACGGUAUGCAGAUCGCCUGUGUCGAUGGACGAUGUCAAGAAGAGCUGAUCUUGACGACAUAGCCUUAAUGAGAGAGAACCGUAAUAUCGCGCCAUGAACAAUUUCAUAGAUGAAUUCCUGUUGACAGAGUAUAGUCGUCCUGUGUACAAACGUUUGCGACCUUCCGAUUCGAUUCCCCUAUGCUAUCAUCGCUCGACGAUCGGCAUUCCUUGCGCACGUCGCAGAGCUUCUCCUUU